AUGGAGAGCUAUGGCUGCGUCCGGAAUAUAGUGACUUAUACUACUCUCAUACAUGGAGUUUGCAAGUCCAAGAGGGUAGAUGACGGCAAACCCAAUGUUGCACAAGAGGUGUUCAACCAGAUGGGUUCUCACAAUGCGCUUCCUGAUAUCAGGACCUACAACGUGCUGCUAGAUGGUCUGUGUUAUAACGGGAAGCCUUUUCUUCAAGGGAAUGAAGCCUAA